AUGGCGUCCGCGUCGUCGGGAAGUCAGCUGAAGAGAAAAGCUAUCAGCCUCGAGACGAAGCACAGCAUCCUCGACGACCAUCGUUCCGGGAUUCCAGUGAAGACCUUGGUUACAAAGUAUGGUCUUUCGCAGCCGACUGUUUCUACAAUCAUCAGGAACCGGGACAAGAUCCUUGCGUCCGCGACACUGGACGGUGCGUCCGGGAAACGAAAGAGAAUGCGGGGAGCAGCACUCCCGGACGUCGAGGCCGCUCUCUACAAGUGGUUUCUGGAAGUCCGUGGCCGGAAUAUCCCCGUAAGUGGUGCCGUUCUCACAGCGAAAGCGAAGCAACUGGCCUUUCUGAUGGAGCACGAGGGGUUCAGUCCUGGAAACGGUUGGCUGCACCGCUUUAAAGAGAGACACGGCAUUCGAUUUAAGAAAAUCGUCGGCGAAGCAGCCUCCGCAGACAUCUCGAAUAUCGACGAGUGGAUGGACAUGCACGCCGCGAAAAUCGCCUCGUACGACGAACGGGAUGUUUUCAACGCAGAUGAAACUGCCUUGUUUUUUCAGCUCCUGCCGUCACACACACAUGCAUUGAGGAACGAGACGUGUGCUGGUGGCAAGCACAGCAAAGUUCGAGUAACGGUCCUACUGUGCUGCAAUAUGGACGGCAGCGAUCGGCAAAAGCUGUUUGUGAUCGGCAAGUCAGCGAAACCACGAGACUUCCGAAGUCUGUACAGCCUGCCCGUGCGUUACAGGAGCAACACAAAAGCAUGGAUGACGAAGGUGCUGUUCGCCGAGUGGCUUGUCGAGCUCGAUCAAGAAAUGGCAAGGAAAGGCAGGAAGAUCCUCCUCCUGCUGGACAACUGCAGCGCACAUCGCGUCAAUCCCCGGCUGUCUAACGUGGAGCUACUGUUUCUACCUCCAAACAGCACCUGCAAAACUCAGCCGCUUGACAUGGGAAUCAUUGCAAACUUCAAGGUUUGCUACAAGCGGAGAGUUAUCGAACGGAUCCUUCGCGACCUCGGACCCAACCCGGCGGCCCGUACCACUCCCGUGACGAAGAUUACCCUAAGCAUGGCCGUACAAAUGAUGUACGCUGCCUGGCAUGAAGUGAAGCGCCAGACAGUGCGGAACUGUUUUGUUAAAGCUGGAAUACGCGUUCCUGACGAAAACACAGGCCUGGUAGAUGAGGAAGUGGAGGCAGCCUCAAUCCAGGGAGAAGUGGAGGCAGCGUGGGAGCGGCUUGCGCCCUUAGACGACGUGACCCUCGAGGACUUCCUGAACGCAGACAGCUGCGCAUCAACGCGUGAGGAAGCGACAGAUGCGUCCAUCAUCCAGGAGGUGUGCCCAACCCAAAACGAUGAACACAGUGAAAGUGAAAACGAUGAUGAAGACGACCGCCCAGUCACGGUGCAGCGCGCUGUGGAGGCUAUCACGGACCUCAGGAAGUUCGUGGCUGCACGCGGCCUCGACCAAAACUUUUUUUUGUGCUUGGAUAAACUAGAAAAGAGUGUUUGCAACAGCGGUCCAAGGCUGAAGCAAACGACGUUGUUUUCAUUUUUGCAAUAA